AUGGACACGCCAGAGUUUAAAAGAAGAGGAGCUGAGGUGAUGGACUUCAUCGCUGACUAUAUGGACAACAUCCGGUCCAAGAAAGUCCUGCCGGAUGUGGAGAUCGGCUAUUUAAGGAAAUUACUUCCGGAAAACGCCCCGGAAAAGGGAGAGAAAUGGGAAUCCAUUAUGGAUGACUUCGAGAAGGCCAUUAUGCCAGGGAUGGUCCAUUGGCAGCAUCCAAACUUCCACGCGUACCUGCCCAUUGGUCAUUCCUACACGGCUGUUUUAUCGGACAUGCUGGCGGAUGGUCUUGGCUGCGUGCCUUUUUCUUGGGCUUCAAGUCCCGCUGGAGUAGAGUUGGAGCAUUUGGUGCUGGAUUGGGUCGGAAAAAUGGUUGGAUUACCAGAACAUUUCAUGAAUUCUAGUGGUCAAGGAGGCGGUUGUAUACAGGGGUCAGCCAGUGAGUGCGUGCUAGUCGCCCUACUGUCAGCCAGACACCGGACCAUCCAGGGGCUCAAGACCACCCACCCCCACAGGGAUAACGUGGAGCUGCUCUCUAAACUUGUCGCCUACAGCUCCAAACUGGCUCACUCAUGCGUGGAGAAGGCGGCGCUGAUCGGGUUUGUCAAGCUGAGACAACUGGAGCAUGACGAGAACUUCUCACUCAGGGGCGAUGUGUUGGAGAAAGCCAUGCAGGAAGACAUACAACUUGGUCUGGUGCCAUUUUUUGUUUGCGCCUCCCUGGGCACGACAACCUGCGGCUCGUUUGACAACCUGCAAGAGGUGGGGGAGGUGUGCACCAGACAUGGCGUCUACCUGCACAUAGACGCGGCGUACGCAGGGGGAGCUUUCGUCUGUCCGGAAUUUCAGCACUUUAUGUCUGGUGUGGAGGACGCCGACUCGUUUUGUCUAAAUCCCUACAAGCUGCUUCAAGUCAGCGUGGAUGGUUCGAUGAUGUGGGUAAAGAACGCCAAGACGCUGACCAGCUCCUUGACCGUUGACCCCUUGUAUCUCAAGCACAAACAUGGAGACGAGUCCUUAGAUAUCAGGCAUUGGGGCAUUCCUUUGUCCCGGAGAUUUCGAGCAUUAAAAGUUUGGUUCGUCAUUAGGACGUACGGGCUGGAGGGUCUUCAGGCUAGGAUCAGAGAGCACGUGCGACUGGGAAAAUAUUUUGAAGGUCAAGUGGCGGCAGACGAGAGGUUCGAGGUCGUCGCCAAGGUGACGCUGGGUCUCGUCUGCUUCAGGCUGAGGGUAAGCAGUGUUUUGUCAAGAUUUUAA